ACCCACCCACACCCACACCCACACCCACACCCACACCCACACCCACACCCACACCCUAGAAUAGUUCUGGGAAAUUUAUCGACAAAAAACAUCUUCAUUUUUAGUUUUAUAGAUGAUAUAUUCUUAUGAACAUAGCAUCUAUCUCUCCUUCAUCAACAUAAGUGAAUACUCAGGCAGGCAAAAGAUAAGGGAGGAAGCCGGACAUGACUAAUCUCAAGUGUCUGCACUACAAUCUGGUCUAGUCUGAGAUUACUUGUAGCCCGCCAGGACUAGUUUUCUUGACGCACAAAGUCUUACAACUUCAUGUAGACUAGCCCUAAAUAAGCUAGCACCCUAUCAUGACUAGUCCGUUUUGUAUAAUCAUCCUGUCCAGAUGUGUCAGCGUAACGAUAAAAAGCAAUGGAAAAGGAGAGCAUAGGUGGUUUCGAACAUUUGAUCCGACAAUAUUGAAUACCUAACUAAUCCAGACUAAUAUGAAGAGCCAUUUGUACUAGUCAUGAAUGAUUGUUUUCAUGGAACUAAUGAUAGUUUUGAUUCAGAAUAAUCUUAACUCCUUCGAUAGUCUAUUUUGCCUGCACCUAAUCAUACACGCAGCUCAUAUAGACUCGUUUAUAUGGAGAAUAGAACGAUAUAUGCAGCGAGUGUGGAAUGGAUAAGGGGGUGUGCGUGUCAAUUAAAAGAACAACUACAUCCACGCCUGCACCCUUUUUUUCUCCUUAUUGAUUUGCAACCGUACUGGCGUCAUCAACCAAAUUACGCAAAAAAAAUGGUGUCGGAAACUAUGUUAACGUGUUGACGCACCAAAAACAUUGAUGUAAAGAAUUGAAAAAGAAAGAGGGAUCGGUUGCAAAUGCAACACGUUCUUCUUUCGGAGUUUCGAUUUUAUAUAAGAAACACAAAAAAGUAAGUUUAUUGUCAAUGCAUACUCUAGUCUUGUUUUAGUUGAUAAAAUCAUCUAAGAUUUAAUAUGGAUGUCUGGAAAGAUUGUUGAUACGUGACAGAGGUCCUCAAUGAUCCUGAAAGUCAUCUGGUGGUGACACUUUCAUAUUAGCAAAGAGCUUGAUAUUAUAUCGCAGUAUUUCGUAGGCUAACGGAUCUAAUACUUAUAUAGUGAGACAUUCGCAAAACCUCCGUCAACUUUUAUUGUUGGUUUUCAUUGAGCAACAAAUCAAGUUCAGUUAAAAGAGAUUUCAGUGGUUAUACUGACUGUCAUUUUAUUGGAUCGAAAUUGCAUAAGCUUUCGAGACAAGGAAUAUUCUUAGAUUUUUCUACCGUCUCAGAAUAUAGAACUAUGGUAGUUCAUGUUUUAUUCUUAGUCAAAAAGAUGAGCUCAAAACAGCAUAAAUUCGAAAUAAUGAUAUUCAUUUUUGGAAAUGGCAUUUCGGGUGUCAGAAUGCCAUUGUUCUGUUUUGAAGACGACGACUUGAUUUCCAAAGUGCUACUGUUCUAUGUCUGCUUAUUGUAAGUCAUAAUCCAUUAAUUGCAAAUAAGUCUUAAAGUAUGGAUGCGUAAGUGAGCUCACUGUUUUUACUUGUAUUCGUGAGGCGCUAUUAAACAUUAUGAAAAAGUUUUCCUCUAAAGUAGAGAUAAAAGUUUGAAGAUAAGCUGUCAAGAAGGUAGAAUACACCUCGUACAUGUUCAAUAUGUGGAACUUUUUCUAUGUCAUCAUGGUAUGACAUGCAAUGCAUGAGUAUUCCUAUUAGCAAAUGCAUGCUCAAAAUUAAGUUUCAUUUAAGGUCACUUGUUCAAGCGAAUAAUACAUCGAAAAAGAAUAAUAUGGCUAGCAAUACAAAUACACUGGCAAUCGAACAUAUUGAUUCAUGGACAACAAAUAUUCUAAAAGAAGAAAUGAAAGCUACCGAUGAAGAAUUAAUAUACUUUGAUAAAUUACAGCAACUUCGAUAUCAGAAAUGGGAACAUUUUCCGGAUGUUGAUGGUGAGAAUCCAUCAGUGGUGAUUGACGACUUUCUCUACCAUGGCGAUAUAGGCCAUGCAAGCAAUGUGAGCCUGCUUAUAAAACUUGGCAUUCAUCAUAUCGUCAAUACCUGCGACGAGUCGUUGAAAACAGAAAUCACACAUAAUUUCAAUGUGCUAUGGAUUAGUAUAGACGAUGAUCUUCGUGCUAAUAUCAAUCAAUAUUUUCAACAAACGAAUGACUUCUUAUUUUCGUGUAAGCAGAAGAAGGAGAAAGUGUUGGUACACUGUCAAAUGGGUAUUUCUCGAUCAUCCUCCAUUGUACUCGCCUAUCUAAUGAAAUACCAUCAUGAUACUUUAAUAAAAGCUUACAAGUAUUUACUCGAUCGGCGUCCUCAAUCUUUACCAAAUUCUGGUUUUCUUUUGCAAUUGAUUCGAUAUGAGAAAGUGUUACGCAACAGUGGAGCAAUUGAUGAACAACGAAAUGAUGAUGAUAAACAGAAUCCAAUCAAACCAAUUCAAAUACCAAGUAAUUUCAGUGUUGAAAAGCCGUUGCUCUAG